AUGAAUAUCGUGGGUAUUUACUCUGUUCACCUCGCAAAAAAGCUUACCCGUCAUUGGCAAUCUGUUCACGAACAACUCGAAGGAAAGCGAAGAGGAAUGCUCGAAACUGACCUGAUUCUGAGUUUCGAUUUGACUUCUGAACCGCCACCAUACGAGCUGGCAAAUUCGUUUGCUGAGCCACUUGCUGAGAAGACGACGGUUAGCCCUAGCCCGAAAUCUGACAAGAGUAGGUCACCACCCCCAUCACGGCGGAACUCCGAUGUGGCAAAAAAAUUGCUCAAAGCCACGGAUUCGCUCCUUACCAAGAACUGUCAAAAGCUGCAGAAGAAGGAGAUUUGCAGUCCAUUGGUGCCGAGAAGCGCCCGUCUGCUGGAUUCAGUGUCCGAUUCAUCAGACGCAGAUGAUUCGUCGUGGAGUAGCCCCAUAAGAAGUCCUUUCAUCGAUAGCGCCAUCAGGAAGAUAAUGAAUGGGCAAUCAGAUGGGAGCGUGUUCGAUUCUGGGCGUCGUGAAUCGAUUGAAACACUGAUGAGUAAUGUCAAUUCUCAGCAGCCACCGAAUCUGGAGACGCUGAUCCUCUUCUAUCAGGACAAUAAUGGAGUGAAGAGCGAUAAGAACGGCUCGGCGAAAAUCGCCGAGGUAGCCCAAGUAGUCAAAGAAAACGGAGCUUCAGCAACAAUCAGCCAAGGAGUUGAUCGCAAUAUCGUGGCUCCAAUGGCAUCGAUUGAAGAAGAAAUGAGCAUCAGCCAAAUCACAGCCGCCUCCUAA